AUGUAUCGGAUUCUGUGUGGAAGCGGGAAUGCAACCGACGUGCAAGUUGAGAUCAAAGAGAUCCGAUCUCGAUUCGAGCAUGCAUCCCAACUAAUUAACGAUUUCAACGCAGUUCACGGAUACCACGCUCUUCAGUUCUUUGGCUUCUUUGCUAUAUUCUAUAUCUACGUACUACAUUCUAUUAUUGAAAUGGUCACAACGGGUUUCCAUGAAAUUGGUAUGAUUCUGUUCGCCACCUGCAAGAUGAGUCAAACUGUGUUGAUUUCUACGAUGAUCAUUUGGGGUUGCGACCAAAUUUCAAAUCAGCUAAAACGCAUUCUGCAGAGCUGCUACAAGUGUCUUCUGGAGCUCCCUGUUGCGCAAACAAGCAAGGAAAUGGCUCUCGAGAAAGAAUUGAAGGCUCUGAUUGAAAUCAUGGCUACUAACUCUUCAAGAUUAUCUGCUGCCGAUUUCUUCGACAUUAACUGCAUGAUCGUGGCACGAAUGAUCAGCACUGUCGCAAUCAAUCUAAUUGUAGUGCUCCAAUUCAGUAGAAACUCACUUGAUCAAUAA